GCCGUCGUCGCCGCAAAUCAACUCCGUCAGUCCCGUGGCCGUCGAGGAACAGCCCACCGAAUUGGUUUGCUCCAGCGCCGGCGGCAGUCCCGAUCCCGUUUUAAGGUGGUACCGGAAGGGCGAAGCCAACCCGUUGGAAGGUGCGAUCAUGAAAGCGGGCGGAAGCAAAAGUGUGGCCACACAGUCGACGCUGAUUGUGCGACCGCAAAAGGAAGACGACGGCGCCGAGUACCGCUGCGUGGCCUGGAACAGAGCCAUGGACACCAACGACAAGAAGGAAGCCAACAUUGUUCUCGCCAUCAAUUACGCUCCCAGGGUCCGUGUCAGCCCCAGCCCGUUGAAUGUCGAGAGGGGAGGCUCGGUGCAGAUCCAGUGUCAGGUGGACGCCAAACCGGCCGUUUACAGCGUCCGCUGGACCCGAUCCGGUCGAUUCAUCGCCACAAGUUUCAACCACACGCUCAGAUCCGUCAGCCUGGAAGACGACGGCCUCUACGUUUGCUCGGCCGACAACGGACUGGGUCAAGUCGGUGAGGCGGAAUUGCAGCUGGACGUUCUCCAUCCGCCCAUGGUGACCAUCGCCGAGUCGAGCCAGGAAGUCGACAUCGGGUCCAGCGUCUCGAUCCCCUGCAACGUCUCGGCUAAACCGGCCUCGACUUCCAUCGAGUGGCUCAAGGAGGGCGACGCCCAGUUUAGAUCCAACGGACCCAUUUUACGACUCAACCGCGUGGCAGCCGCCGAAAACGGACGCUACCUUUGCCGGAUCACCAACAUGAUUGGCUUGGCCGAACGAUCGGGCAACGCCACGUUCCAGCUGCUGGUCAAACACGAGCCCGGAUCGGCCCGCAUUUCUCCCGAAGAGCUGAUCGCCGUCGACGAGGCCUCAAUCACGUUGACUUGCGCUGCCGAUCCGCCCGGCUGGCCUUUGCCCCAGUACCGCUGGUGGAAGGCCGGCGCCGAGACGACCAUUUUGGCUUCGACUUCUGAGCUGACGAUUCACGUGACCCGUCAAAACAGCGAGGGAACGUAUUACGGCCAGCCCAGCAACGACCUGGGCACGGGCGAUUCCAGCUACGUCAACUUGCGCGUCUUCCAGCCGCCCCGCUUCAUCGGCCAACUGCCGCCCGUCUUGCAGAAAAAGGCCCAGGACGCUGAUUUCAACAUGACGUGCUCUGCCCAGGGCAAACACAAGCCGUCCAUCACUUGGCUCAAGGAUGGAGUCGAAAUUCUGCCCGGCAGCAGCUCGGGCGCCUACGAUUUGGCCAUGGACGAGUCGGAGGGUCGCAACAUCAUCUUCACUGUCCGCUCGACACUGCGAUUCCACGGCUCGGAGCGGCCGGCCCUUUCCCAGCUGACGGCCGACGAUCGCGGCGUCUACACUUGCGCCUUUGAGAAUCAAAUCCGCCGGAUCGAGUCGACUCUGACGCUCAAAAUCGAGCACGCCCCCAUUCUGCUGGACAACCACCCGAAAGUGGCUUCCAACGUUGGAUCGUCCAGCGUCCAGCUCCUGUGCCAAGUCCAGGCCUAUCCUCGCCCCAAUUUCGAGUGGUCCCUGCGCGACGUGCCCAUCAUCGGCAGCAGCAGCGGCGGAGCGGGCGACAAGUACAACAUGAACGUCACGUCCACCACCAACACGGCCAACGGCAACGACAUUUACCAGGGCGUUUUGCGCAUCAGCGACGUCAAAGAUUCCGACUAUGGCGACUACACGUGCAAAAUGUGGAACGCUGAAGGUGAAAACGCGGCGGCCGUCCGUCUGCAAGCGACCAGCGCACCGGAGAAACCCACCAAUUUGCGCGUUGUCCAGUCGGGCUACGAUUCGCUGACGCUCGAAUGGGACCAAGGAUUCAACGGCGGAUUCGAGAAUAUACAAUCUACACGGUCCUUUCUUCAUUCUAUACAGUCUUCAGCAUCUCAGGAUGUGUUUAGUAAAACGAGAAUACAGAAACCGUCGCCCAACUCUCACAUCAAAUCCUGUCCCGUUCCUGGCACUCAGUUUGGCGUCAGUUCGUCAUCUUCUGUGACGAGUUGUGCUCCGCCGUGUCCCGGAACAAACGCCAAUCCGGCCAGCAAUACGACGGAUGAUCUCCAUCGACAACAGUUUACCUGCAUCACCUCGACCAACAAUCAAUCGCCACCGCCAUCCAGUUCGGGUGGUGGUGACGAACGCCGGUCGAGAAAACAAAAGAGUCCGCGCAAAGGCCUCGAUUCCAAAGACGUUUCCACCAACAUGACAAUCAUGUGGGAGAAGCAAAAGGAUUGGACCUGGACGAAUGAAUGUGAAUUCAACGUGUUGAACAGCCAGCAGGAGCCGUACUGUUGCGUCUGCAGUGUCCUCAGACCCUGGACGCCACAGAAACCUCUACAAUCACCGGAUCAACCACCGAAAUGGUCUGCCGUUGUGUUGCCGGAAGCGCUGUUUGGCUCGGAUCGGCAUGAAAUCACCUCGUCGAUCCUCUUGCGCUGCUCGUCGUGUUGCAUCUGCGUCCACGCCAAAUGCUGCGGACUGGCAGAGUCGACGGUGACCGACAAAUGGGUCUGCCGGCGCUGCGAACGCAGCCCGACUGACCGACAAUUGAUCAAAUGCUGCCUCUGCCAGAAGCGAGGUGGACUCCUCAAAGGGACGACUGACGGCCGCUGGGCUCACGUUGUGUGUACAAUUUGCUUCCCGGGUGUUUCCUUCGUUCAUCCGGACCUUCGCGAGCCCAUCUUUAUCAGUCCACUGGGCUGGAAGGACUACGUGUUCCUGAAUUGCAGCUACUGCUCCAUCAACCAGUCCGAUUACGGCGCCAACAGUGUCACCUGGCAUCACGGCAGCUGCCUUCCUUGUGUCAAACAAUGUGGACGGGCGUUCCAUCCCCUGUGCGGCCUAGUCAACGGUGUACGGUUCACGAUUAGUCAGGAUGGCAACCAGUUGUCCGCCAACUGCUGUUCAACAAGCCACACUCCUCGAUCGACCACAUCCGCCUUCAGAAAGAAGGCUCCUGUUCAUGUGUCUGUCGGCCAGCAAGUCUACGCCAAACAUCCCGAAUCGGGUGAAUAUCAUCUGGCUGAUGUGACGGACAAUACUCAGACGAUCACGUACUAUUCUGUCGAUUUCAACGAUGGGACAAACAGCCAAGACACUUAUCCGGAAGACAUCAAGAAUUACAAUUGCAAAGAGGAUGGCCCACCCCUUGCUGGAGCCGCCGUCGAAGUCUUGUGGACGGACGGCAAGAGCUACGGCGGCCACUAUCGAGGCUUCACGAAGCGUAAACUCUACAGUUUAUCCUUCCGCGACGGAACCAACACCGUCAUCACCGCAGAGAGACCUGAUUUUUAUCAUCCUGACGAGGAUCUACCCAAAGAUCUUAGAAUUCAACUGGACAAGCAAAAGGCAGCAGCAGCGCAAAUGCAACGACUCCAGCAUGCCUGUCCAGCCAUUCAACCUUAAUUGUGUGUUCUUUAAAUCAAACUUGAGUCGUGGCAACUAAAUAAGCCUUUUCUUUCCUUUUUUUGUUUUUCUCCUCCUCCCCCCUUCUUCAUUAUGAUGUGAACUUAAGUGGGUGGUUAUAACUUAUCCGAACUUAUCCGAGUGGUUGCCAUUUGACGUCACUUAAAAAAUGGAAUUGGACGUCUAGACCCCGUCGUCGAUAAACUUAAUGGAUUGAAAUGAAUCGAAUUCGGCGCCUUUGACGCCCGUCAGCA